AUGUCCGGGAGUUUGAGCGCUGACUGGACGCAAUCAGUCUCGAUCCAUCUGGGCUGCAUGGACAUGCCCCUGCUCACCCUUAGCUUCGCCCGCGCCUGUAAGUCGAGCUUGGACACGUGCGGCUCUGGGAAUAAGAAGUCAGGCGGGACGCAUUUGCUCUCCCGCGUCACUCCCUUGACCGCCGACGACAUCGCCUGGUCCCCCUCAGACCACAGUCAUCCUGAGUUCCCGCCUGCCGCGUGUACAGUCCUGUGGUCGUUUGUGUCACCGCCAUCCGUCCCCCUCCCCCCUCCCAACGCCCGGGCGGUCACGACUCUGCCCCAAAGGCCGUGGUCGUCCUUGGUCCUGGUCACGCUGAACGGCAACAAAGGCGAACUGGACCACUGCUGUGGCGACGGCAAACCCGGCCUCCCGCCCUUCCUACGCAUCACACCUGACUCUUUGCUCCUCCCUCAACCGCCAUGGAUCCACCAUUCUCUAACGGAACGGAGUCUCUGA